UGCCCUCACUGGGCUAGAAGUCCCCAUGCCUAUACUCUCUGCUUCCAGUGCUCAUCCAGAAAUCACAUUUCUGUUGCUGACAAGAAACAAAGGAGCCCACACUCCCACUGAUGCAACUGAAACUGCCUGGCAUGGUUUCAACGUCCAUGGACCCGGUACGGAUUGCGGUUGUGGGGGCAGGCGUGGUGGGGCUCUCUACUGCCAUGUGCGUUUCGAAACUGGUGCCCCGAUGCUCCAUUACUGUCAUUUCGGACAAGUUCAGUCCUGAUACCACAAGUGACGUGGCAGCCGGAAUGCUUAUACCUCAUGUUUAUCCAACACUUGAACAUGGAUUAGAUCACCAGGUUUGCUGGCUCUAUCCACUGCUGAAUUGGAACUGUCCAUUCUUUUGGGAUGACUCCUACAACAUACACACCCAUUCCCACGCUGAAGCAGUGGUUUCGAGAGACCUUUGAUCACCUGUUUGCAAUCGCCAAUUCUGCAGAAGCUAAAGAUGCUGGUGUUCAUCUGGUAUCUGGUUGGCAGAUAUUUCGGAGCAUUCCUGCUGAAGAAGUGCCAUUCUGGGCUGAUGUGGUUCUGGGGUUUCGAAAGAUGACCAAGGCUGAGCUGAAGAAAUUCCCCCAGCAUGUGUUUGGUCACGCCUUCACGACUCUGAAAUGUGAAAGCCCUGCCUACCUCCCAUGGUUGGAGAAGAGGUUAAAAGGCAGUGGGGUCCUGAUACUCACCCGACGAAUAGGAGACCUGUGGGAGCUUCAUCCAUCCUUCGACGUCGUGGUCAACUGCUCAGGCCUUGGAAGCAGACAGCUUGCACAAGACUCGGAGAUGUUCCCCAUGCGGGGCCAAGUGCUCAACGUUCGGGCUCCCUGGGUGAAGCAUUUUAUCCGAGAUGGGAGUGGGCUGACAUAUAUUUAUCCCGGCACAUCCAAUGUAAUCCUGGGUGGAACUAGGCAACAAGGAGACUGGAAUCUGUCCCCAGAUGCAGAAAUUAGCAGAGGUAUUUUUUCCCGGUGUUGUGCUCUUGAGCCCUCCCUCCAGGGAGCCUGCGACAUAAGGGAGAAGGUAGGCUUAAGGCCCUUCAGGCCUGCAGGUGUGCGGCUGCAGACAGAGUUCCUCGCCCAGGACGGCCGGAGGCUGCCCGUGGUCCACCACUACGGCCACGGGAGCGGGGGCAUCUCCGUGCACUGGGGCACUGCUCUGGAGGCAGCCAGGCUGGUGAGUGAGUGUGUCCAAGCCCCCAGGACCCCCACUCCCAAGUCAAACCUGUAGGUGACAUGACAUGACGGCAAAUGGCCCAGACACUAUGGAUCGAAACACAAUUUAAGCACCAGAAUGGAUUCCAAUAACUUUUCCACCGCAUGAAAAGUUAAUGAGGUCUAUCUUUGUUUUCAAAAUUAGAAAUGAUGCAAUAUGAAUCAGUAGCCUGAGACUGGUACUCAUCUGUAGAACUAGACUCAAGUCUAGUGCUAAUGACAUAGAGCAUAAAGUUCUAUUUUUGUUAAAAACACUUGUUACAGAAUAAGAUUUCUCUCAGACCUGGCGUUCAAAGAUCUGUGCUAAUUUUCAUGGAUGCUGGAAGCUGUAGGGAUGUUGAAGUUUUGGGGGCUAAUAAAUCCCCAGGAAGAGACAAUGUACGGAAAACACCUAACUCACUGUUGCAAAGCCGCCCAUGGUGUUUGUAGGUUGCACUCAAGUGAGCAUUAUAAUCCCUCUAAAUAAAACACACAGUGAUCGUGUGGCACAGGCUUAUUCCAUUUAAUGGCAGACAAAGCAUGAUUCCUGCCAGUACCCGAGGCAGCCUCUUCCACCCCUCAGCUGGUCAUGAUGCUUAGAAGACAGGGAUCAAGUUACCUAUGGACAUGGCAUCAACCCAACGGCUGCCUGGGGUCAGUCACCUAAGGGUCGUACUCUCCAUUACCACAAAUGAUGGAGCGCUAGCUUGUUGUGUGGUUGACUUUGCCUAAGCGUUUUUGAAGAUUGAAUAGCAGGUGCAGCCAGAGAGCUAAUUAGCUGAUUAGGAUGGAACAAUCGUUCUGAAUGAAAUAUAUCCAGAGUUUUCCGCAGGUUGUUAAAAAAAAAAAACAAAAACUACUGGGGAGGAGGGGACAUGUGUCAUGAUCAGAUGAAUUUGGGAAUUGCUGAUACAAAUCAAUCUAGCCUGAUUUCUUGA